AAAGGUUCUCGGAAUCCCGAGCGGGAGAAAGGAUCUUUAACUUUGUCUAACCCAGCUUUCAUCUAAAAUUCUUGAAACUGACUUGAUUAUAAGCCUUUCUUUCAUGCCACUUGCCUUCACAAAUGCUGUUGCAUCUGCUCGAAAUUCCCAGGAAAAUCCCCUCCCCUAGGCAAACUCCUACUCACCCUUCAAAACCCAGUUUAAAUGUCUUGUUUCAUGAAACUGUCCUCCUCUGCGCUUCCAGAGCUGUGUGCACACACCUGCAUUCUAAUUGAUGGCUUUGUGCUCUCACUGUUAUUUCUGUGUCCCUUUCUGCUACUAGAUUGAAUUCUUCAAAGACAAAGACCAGGUUUUACCAAGUCUUAGAGCACCUACCACCUAGCAUGGGAACAUGCUUGGUGCAUGGUAGGUGUGUUUAUUUUUUUGUUUUUAAACGGCUCUAUCAAGUUAUAAUUCCCAUACCAUAGUACAUCUCACUUAUUUAAAGUGGAUCAUUCUGUGGGUUUUGGUAUAUUGCAUUAUUCGUUUUAAAAUUGUGGCAAAAGUAUAUACCAUAAAAUUUGCCAUUUUAACCCUUUUAAAGUUUGAAAUCUGCUGGCAUUAAAUACAUUUACAUUGUUGUGCAACCAUCACCACUAUCUACUUUUGAAACUUUUUCAUCAUCUCAAACAGAAACCCUACCCACAAUCCCUCCUCUUCCCAGCUCCUGUAACCUUUAUUCUGCAUUCCAUCUCUAUGAAUUUGCCUACUCGGGUAACUCAUAUAAUUGGAAUUGUACAGUAUUUGUCCUUUUGUGUCUGGUUCAUUUCACUCGGCAUCAUGUUUUCCAGGUUCAUCCGUAUUGCAGUGUAUGUUGGAAUUUCCUUCCUGUUUAAGGCUCAGUAAUUUUCCAUUGUGUGUAUAUACCACAUUUUGUUUAUCUACCCAUCUACUGAUGGACACUUGGUCAUUUCCACCUUUUGGCUACUGUAAAUAAUGCUGCUGUGAACAUUGGCGUACAGGUAUCUGUUCAGGUCCCUGCUCUCAGUUCCUUUGGGUACAUACCUAGGAGUGGAAUUGCUGGAUCACACAGUAAUCCUAUGUUUAACUUUCUGAGGAACAGCCAAACUUUUUUCCAUCACAGCUGCACCAUUUUACAUUCCCACCAGCUGUGUGUGAGGGUUCCAAUUUUUCUAAGCUUACUAAACGUAUUUCCUGCUUUUUAAAAUCAUCGCCAUCCUGGUGAGUGUGAAGUGGUAUCUCAUGGUGGUUUUGAUUUGUGUUUCCUUGAUGACUAAUGAUGUUGAGCAUCUUUUCAUGUGCUUAUUGGCCAUUUGCAUGUCUUCUUUGGAGAAAUGUUAUUCAAGUCCUUUUGCCCAUUUUUGAAUUGGGUUUGUUGUUGUUGGGUUGUAGGCAUUUUUUUAUAUAGUCUCCAUAUUAACCCCCUAUCAGAUAAGUGAUUCAUGAAUUUUCUCCCUUUCUUUGGGUUGUCUUUUCAUUCUCUUGGUAGUGUCCUUUGAGGCACAAAAGUUUUAAAUUUUGUUAAAGCCCAGUUUAUCUAUUUUUUCAUAUUAUUGCCUGUGUUUUUGGUGUCCUGUCCAAUAAAUCAUUGGCAAAACCAAUGUCCUGAAGCUUUUUCAUCGUUUACUUCUGAGAGUUUUAUAAUUGUAGCUCUUAAGCCGGCGGGGGUGGGGGGUGUUCUGUAGAGGUCUGGUGGGUCCUGUUGGUCGAUAGUGCUGUUUACAUCCUCUGUUUCCUUAUUGAUCUCCUGCCUGGUUUUUCUAUCCAAUAUUGAAAGUGCUGUACUGAAGUCUGCCCUGUUGCUGGAGCUGAGAGGCCCAAGUCUCGCUUGGGUGUGUCCAUACAACCCAGCAUCGUUUGGGGCACAUAGUGGACCCUCUGCAAGAUCUGAGAAACAGGAGGACGAGUCAGGCCUCUUGGGACAGGGACUGCAUUUCUUCAUGUCCUGUUGCACUGGAUGCUGUGCUAGACAUGUGGUGUGUGUGUGUGAAGAUCCAGUCCAUAAGGAGGACAGUGCCCUCGCCCGGUGGGUUGCAGAUCCGGCCAAUACAGCCUGGAUGGAAAAUCCGGAAGAAGCCAUUUAUGAUGACGUGCCAAGAGAAAAUUCAGACUCUGAGCCAGAUGAGAUGAUUUAUGAUGACGUUGAGAACGGAGAUGAAGGUGGAAACAGCUCUCUGGAGUACGGGUGGAGCUCGAGCGAAUUUGAGAGCUACGGGGAACAGAGCGAUGCGGAGAGCAGAAACGGGGUCCCCCAGCCCUUCCUGCGCGGCGACCACAAAAAGCAGCUUUCCCAUGACCUAACCCGCUUAAAGGAGCACUAUGAGAAAAAGAUGAGACAUUUGGUGGCAAACGCGGUGGGCGCGGUAGAGAUUCAGCAGCUAAAGCACAAACAUGACCUGAAGAUGCAGAAGCUCGUGAAGGCCGCCAAGGAGGGCACCAAGGAUGGCCUGGAGAAGACGAAGGCUGCGGUGAAGCGGGGCCGCUCCUUCAUCAGGACCAAGUCUUUCAUCUCUGCAGACCACAGGUCCUGUCUUGAAGAGGAACAGAACUUGUUCAUCGACGUGGACUGCAGGCACCCGGAAGCCGUCCUCACCCCGAUGCCCGAAGGCCUGUCUCAGCAGCAGGUCGUAAGAAGAUAUAUUCUGGGUUCAGUUGUCGACAGUGAAAAGAGCUACGUGGAGGCUCUGAAGAGGAUUUUGGAGCAAUACGAGAAGCCGCUGUCUGAGAUGGAGCCCAGGAUCCUGAGCGAGAGGAAGCUGAAGACGGUCUUCUACCGGGUCAAGGAGGUCCUGCAGUGCCACUGCAUGUUCCAGAUCGCGCUGGCUAGCCGCGUGGCCGAGUGGGACUCGGUGGAGAUGAUCGGAGACGUCUUCGUGGCCUCGUUUUCUAAGUCCAUGGUGCUGGAUGCUUACAGUGAAUAUGUGAAUAAUUUUAGCACAGCUGUGGCAAUCCUUAAGAAAACGUGUGCUACAAAACCUGCUUUUCUUGAAUUUUUAAAGCAGUGCCAGGAGUCCAGCCCUGACCGCGUCACGCUGCACAGCCUGAUGAUGAAGCCCAUCCAGAGGUUCCCGCAGUUCAUCCUGCUUCUCCAGGACAUGCUGAAGAACACGGCCCGAGGACACCCCGACCGGCUGCCCCUCCAGAUGGCGCUGACGGAGCUGGAGACGCUGGCAGAGAAAUUAAACGAGAGGAGGAGGGAUGCUGACCAGCGCUGCGAAAUCAAACAAAUAGCAAAAGCCAUAAACGAGCGGUACCUGAACAAGCUUCUCAGCAGCGGGAGUCGCUACCUCGUCCGCUCCGACGAUGUGAUAGAAACCGUCUACAACGACCGGGGGGAGAUCGUGAAAACCAAGGAGCGCCGGCUCUUCAUGCUGAAUGACGUGCUCAUGUGCGCCACGGUCAGCGCCCGCACCUCCCAUGACAGCGGUGCGCUGACAUCGCCCGGCCAGAGGUAUUUGCUGAAGUGGAGCGUCCCCCUCGGGCACGUGGAAGUGAUAGAGUACGGCGGCAGCGAGGGCGCGGGGGAGAAUGGCAGGGGUCCCGUGGUGCCCGCGCCCGAGAGCCUGGCAGUGGUGGCCAGCACCAAGCCAAGUGAGUGAUGCGUCACGGACGCGCUUGCAGGUCUGGGGCCGCCGUAGCUGUGAUGUAAGCCGCUCGGUCCUCAGCCCCUCACCGUGUCAGGAGACCUGGCUAAGACGGUAAAUCUGUCGGGUCACACGGUCCUAGAGCCUGUGCUUCACAUUGGCUGGCGCACGUGGACACACGUGCCAGCCGGAGGCUCCUCGCUGAGCCCGUCCCCGUCGGGGUCCGGGGGCGGUGGCCCUGCCCUUGGGAUGCAUUCCAUCUUCCUGGUUCGCGUCCUGUCCUGCGCUUCCCGCCAGCAGCUGCGGCGGGGGCCCUGCUCUCUCCGGAGGGUGCGUUGAGCGGAUGCAGAGAAGGUCCCAGAGAGCGUGGGCCUGGGUGGUGGUCUCAGCUCUGCCGCCCCUUCCCCU